UUUAAAAAAAAAUGUCAGCUGAUGAUAUGAAAGUGAAAAUGUCAAAAUGAGUGUUGUUUUGUGUUAUAUAUUUACAUCGUCAUUCAUUUUAGCAUCGGUCUGAUGAAAGAAACGCACUUCAGUGAAAUAAUCAAAAGAGAAAAAUCAUCCUGCCUUUUUUCAAGUGAAGUGUUGUAAGUUUCGAACGUAAAAAUAACAACAACCCGGAAGUCGUUUCGCCAUUCUCAGGGAAAAUAAUCAGCUCAUCACAAUGUUUCAGUUUAACGGAUUCAACAUGAUGUUUCCGGAUCAUUCCCGUCCGUUCAACACAACCUACAAGUGCUACUCGGUUUCAAUGCUACCCGGAAAUGAACGGCAGGAUGUGGAAAACGGAGGAAAAAUUAUAAUGCCACCGUCAGCAUUAGAUCAGUUAACAAGACUUAACGUGGAAUAUCCAAUGUUGUUCAAAUUGACUAAUAACAAAAUCAAUCGUAGCACACACGCUGGUGUGUUGGAAUUCGUAGCCGACGAAGGAAAGAUCUACAUCCCGUAUUGGAUGAUGCACAAUCUUUUGCUCGAAGAAGGGGAUAUUGUUCAGAUCGAAAGCGUCAGCAUUCCAGUAGCAACGUACUCGAAAUUUCAGCCACAGAAUGUGGAAUUUCUAGAUAUCACAAACCCUAAAGCGGUACUAGAAAAUUGCCUGCGAAAUUUUGCCUGUCUCACCACUGGAGAUUUAAUUGCAAUCAAGUAUAAUAACUGCACGUUUGAAUUAUCGGUACUGGAAACAAAACCGGGUCCAGCGGUGACCAUCAUCGAGUGUGACAUGAACGUAGAGUUUGCUCCGCCCGUUGGCUACACUGAACCGAACAAGAAGGCCAAAGAAGACGAACCGAUGGCAGUCGAUCCGGCUGAGUUAAUGCCAGAACCGGCCGGAUUUGUAGCGUUCAAAGGUGCCGGCACGCGACUGGACGGGAAAAAGAAAAAAGACGCUGGAUCGAGUGAGACCACGCCGGCACAUCGGGUAAACUACGUCCGAGGCAUUCCCGAUUACGAUCACCCGUUCGGUUUACUACGGUUCGACCGGUCGGUUCGAAAAAUUGAAACGAACGGCAGCAAAACGGAGGAGGAUACUUUUAAGGCUUUCCAGGGAGAGGGGUUCAGUCUCAAGAAGAGUCGGAAAUGAACCGGACAAGGAGAACAUUUCAUUUUCAGUUGUAAUUUUCUGAUAUGCGUACUUUGAAUAAAUUAAUCCAUCUACUGCGUGAUAUGUGCAAAUAA